UUCUCUCGCUCCCUUCCUCCUUUUCCCGUUUAUUAUCGGCAGAGGUCGCAUGGCAGAGGGAAGUCCAACAACCACUUCACUACUGGAACCAGUGCAAGAAUAUGCAGCACCAUAACAAAGCGUGCGUGGAGUCCUGAGCGCUGGCAAACGGAGAAGCGUUUUAUCUGCGGGCCCCUCAUCUUGUCAAGGAUCAGAAGAAGUUGACGGAUCGCUUUCACCUCUGUCAACAACUGGAUAGUUUGGCGAGCACGUGUGUUUACAUGAAAACCGCUGCUCCGCUGUGAGUGUUUCGCAUCCCGCCGCUGCCGGAGGAGCACCGGUCCGCGCAUCUUCCAGAGUUCUGAAGUUCGGCUGCGGACGGAUGUGAGCCAAGAGUUUCAGCACUUAUUUCUACUUUCUUUUUUCCACCUCAUCCACCAAGACAAUAGUUUUUAUUUUUCUAAAGAAGAAAAACCGAGGCUGCGAGUGAUUUCAUGCCUCCAGUGUCGCGCAACCUGUCAUGGAUGUGAGAUUUUACCCUGCGCCCCCGGCUAAUGUGGGUUCAUGCUCCCUACCGACUGAUCCAAGUUGUCUGAGCUCCCUGGAAUAUUAUCACUCGAACAAGGCCCGGUACAGUGUGGGCGAACGAGGGGUGAGGUUCCACUCAGCCCCCUCAGCAGGCAUCAACCCCUUUAGGAAGAGAGUGCCCAGUGCCGUGUUUGAUGGUGACAACAUGUACAUGAAUGACAAUAACCAAGAAUUUCGGACACCAAACCAGAGCUACUCCAGUCAGGGUCGAGGUGGCAGCGGCGGAGCUGGUGACGAGGACUACGAGAUCCCCCCCAUCACGCCCCCCAACCACGCCGACCCCUCCCUGCUGCACCUGAUGGAACAUGAAGCCGGCUACCCCUUCCACUCCCUGCCUCACAACGGCCUGCUCAACAGCUACUCCUACCCGGAACUGCCUGCCCUCAUGAUGUCCAACAUGCUGGGCCAGGACUCCCACCUCCUCUCAGGGCCCAUGCACUCAAUAAACAGUGAUAAGCGGCCUUCAGCUGAAAUGAUGAAGCCCAAACCGAAGCCUCAGAAAAAGAAGAAGAAGAAGGACCCCAACGAGCCGCAGAAGCCCGUGUCGGCCUACGCGCUUUUCUUCAGGGACACCCAGGCCGCCAUCAAGGGUCAAAAUCCCAACGCCACGUUCGGGGACGUCUCCAAGAUCGUCGCGUCCAUGUGGGACAGUCUAGGCGAGGAACAGAAGCAGGGUUACAAGAGGAAAACGGAGGCAGCCAAGAAGGAGUACCUGAAAGCGUUGGCCGCGUACAGAGCCAGUCUGGUUUCCAAGACGUACAACGAUCCAGAACCAAAAAGUGCCCAGCAGACCAGCCAGUCCCCCCACCUCCUGACCCAGAAGCAGCCCCUGUACAGCGUGCCCCCUCAGCCUUCCUCUCCCUACCUGGGUCCGCCGGGCUCCUUCCCGCUGUCGGACCUGCAGAGCUACGCGGGGCCGCCGCGUCACAGCCUGGCCCCGAGCCUGGGCCAGUCCCAGAUGCUGCCCCCCAGCAUGAGUGCCUCACCGCCUGCUCCCUUCCAGAUCAGCCCGCCUCUGCACCCCCACGCCCAGCUGUCCCUGCACCAGAGCUCCCUGCUCAACCAGCCCAUCCGCAUGCAGCAAUCGCAGCCCAUCAUCUCACAUCAAAUGGGGCUGCAGGCGCCGCUGCACUCCCCGCCUCUCGGCCAACAGGGGUUCUCCCACAUCCAGGCGGACUACCAGAACAGUGUCGGGAGCUCACAGUCCCCGGGGGCCCCCAACCCAGUGCAUGGCCAGAACCCCGACUGGGACAGCGAGUACUGCAACAGGGACUGUGGACCCAACCAUUGCGGCAGUGGCAUGGGCAGCCGGGACAAGCCUCUCUACCUCACUUGAAGAUACAAAGACCUCCAGAUGUCUGACUCCAGGGAGAUUUCAAACGGCUUCAUCGAAACAUCUGCUCCAUCUUUCUCCUUUCUCUGGUGGAUCUUGAAAAAUCCCAAAGACUGCUUUAAUGAAUUCAUCUAUUUGCCAAGCACUUACAUUGGCCAGAAGCUCGAGGCACUUCCACUGCUUCUUCUCCCCCUCCACGCUUUCUUUUGUCCUCCUGUGGGCUGCCAGCUCGCGUACUGGAAGUGAAGACCAAAAACAGAAAAGAAGAAAAAAAAAAAAGAAAAACGUCUUCGUAUUUUUUGUUGUGAGUUUUUUUAAAGACACUCUCCACCCUCUUCCUUGUCUGCCACGGAUGGACCCCACCCAGAGAAGGAAGCUCCAAGCAUUCUCGGCGGCGGGACGGCAGGUGCGGACACCCAGGGACGGACAGAGUCGCACCUGAGGGAGAGUUUCAUGAAGAUAGUCAUUUAAGACCUUUGUAACCCCCCACAAUUAAAGGACUUCCUCUCCUUGAUUUCUCACAGUGAUUGUAAAUAUCACUAAAAUCCAAGCCUCCUUACUUGUGUGUUUAGCUGCGGUCCUUCGCAUCAUGUGUGGUUUUGUGAGGGCCGACCCACUGAGGGAACACACUCCUGGCCGAGCAGAACGUCGUCGCUCUCACAAGGUCGGAGGAGGCGGCUCCUCCCGAAGUCCCCUCCCCCCUUAUUAGUCAAUAGGGACCGCCCCCUCACUCCAGACCUGCCCACCCCCUCCCCUCCCCCACCCCCUCGAGUCCUCACUCUUGUACAGGUGAAUUAAAAAGUUGCUAAAUGUGAAAUGUUACUUAAAAAAAAACAGUGGGUUUUAAAAGUUUUAACUAGUUUUAUUAGGUGUUUUAGAAUUGUGUUGAACUCAUCUUUUAUCUUUCUUUGUGGAGAAAAAAAAAUAAUCUUUUGUUUUUCACUGUAGCAGGAUUUUUGGGCGGAACGGGGCUCACGGGGUUAAAGACUUUGAUUUUGUGUAUAAACCCGCCAAAUCUUUAAGAGAACCCGAGAUUAUGAUUUGUUAAAUAGCAUCAUGGUCGUUCUAUUUAAUGAUCUAUUUAUGAUAUGAAGUAACAAUCUGGCUCUCCGUUAUUAUUAUUAUUAUUAUUUUCAUCUUCGGAAGGAGAAUAUUUUCCUGAACUCGUGGGCGGCUGGCGAAAACCUGCGCUGGCUUUAGAUUCAUUUUGUGUCACCGAUAUUUUUUUUUGUUUUCUUUUGUCUGUAAUAAAAUGUUUAAAGUGGAAGUGUCUGUGAUUAUUAUUAUAGACCUGAGCCACAACAUUACGACUCUCAUUAUCAUUUGAGUUGUUGGUUUCUUUUGUCCACAUCAUAUUUUUACACCUGAAAGCUCGUGUGUUUUGUGUAUUUGGU